AGCAUUUGGUUACUUGGGUAAGGAUAUAUUGCCGCAUUCUACUUAAAGAAAACCAGGUUCUUAUGAAAUACGGUGGAACCAAUUAAAGAUUUCCUUCAGAAAGCCCUCUGAAUCGGUAUUUCUCAAAUAUUCUUUCUCGUCUCAGCGCGAUAUCCCAAGGUCCUUUUCAAGCAUUGAGAUCUAGAAUUGCUACUUCUUUGGCAGACCUAGAAUAUAUAAUGAUAAACUGAAUGAACUCGAAUGAAACUGCUCAAGAAGAACCUUUCUACGGAGAGGAAACUGACACUCCUUCACAAGAAGAACAACAACACUCAGCAGUUGAUUAUGCCCUCCAUAUACUUUUUACCCAGUUUGUUAGGAUAUCAGAACAAAAAAUCUUUAACCUUGCUCGUCACCAAAUCAAUCGACACACACAACCGUAUCAAGUUUCAUUUACAGUGAGCGAACAAGACGCUAUUCGUCUUCUACGGAAAGGCCAUGAUGAAGAAUUCGAUAGAUGUAUUCAAGCUCUAAUCGGCCUUGCUACCAAAAAACCAGUGGCUGUGAUUGAAUCACUUCUUUAUUGGAGAAAAGUUCGGGUCAAUGUAACCAACACCAAGAAUAUUCCACAUUUCGUAGCCGAAAGGAAGAAUUUCAUCUCCGUUUAUAUUCUUUGCCGCUCUUUAUCCGAAAUUACAGAAAGUCUUCCAAAUAAUACCUUUGAAGAGAGCACAGUUUCUUCAUUACUGGAAUGCAUAUUUCACCAGUUAUUAAACCCAAAAAAUCUCCCAAAUUGUUCAUCUUCUUUGAGACUCGCUAACUGGGAGAGCUUUGCUUAUUUAUUAGGGAGUCUUUCUCGCUUCAACUUUGUCAUGGUAUCCGAUCGAUUCAUAGAAGAAAUCGAAAAAUUGGAAAAAUCGAAUAUGGAUUUUAAGGUAAGAGAAGCUUAUCUUAUAUACAUUCUUCGCGCUAUGAGACACCUUCAUAUAAGACUUUACCCAAUAGCACACUUGGAGGAAUGUGUUGCUUUCCUAGAAUCCUUAGCAUCUUUUUUUAUCAAAUCGAACCAAGCGGUUCAGAUUGAGCACGCUUUUCUUUUCGAAAACCUCCUUUCUCCUCUUGUAAUACAUGCGACGUUUGAAGUAAAUAUUCCAGCCUGGAUACGCACUGUACACUCCCUUUAUCCCGUUGCAUUUAAGUCAAGCACCAAGUCUAAAUUUUGGCACAUAUGGUUUCCUUUCCUAUGUUCAUUGUUAUGCCUUUCCCCGAAAGAAUUUUUUCUGGAAAAUUGGUUAGCAACGUUAGAGGCUUCCUUUGUUCGUAUAAAAGAUAGAAGGCUUCGAUGUACGGGUUUGAAAUCUGUGGCGAAGGUUCUUUGGGUUUGUCUUAAUCGUCUUCAAGAAAAUACUGAUGAAAACCUGGAAAAUAUCUCCUACAUCUUAAAGCCUAUUUUUUUCCAGGGAAAAACUUUCAAUGUAACCCCCUUUGCUACAGUUGAUGAAGUGGAAGGGUUUUCACAACUAUUAAGAGUCCUUGCUCCUCAUUAUCCGGAUUAUGUUAUAAACGAAAUAUUAGAGCCCUUACUAAUGGAUGCAUUUAAUGAGAAUAUGGGUUGUGAGAAAAUGAUGAUCGCAGUACGAUCCUCCUAUUACAUAUUACAGGAUAUUAGGCUAAAAAAUUCUUCCAAAGAGUUGUUUAAUUUUAUCGAUUUUCAAUUCAUUGAUCUUUGGAGCGAUGCGAUGGGUUCAUGCUGGCAAACAUUUAUAAAGAAUUUAUCGCAGAGAGCGCUUUUUCUGAUACUUCAACUCUCGAAUGACACUAACCGUUGUUAUAAUUCACGGAAUCCUGCAGGUUACUUGGGCUUAUAUAGCAAUUCCCUAAAAAUUUUUCCUUGUUUAACUGCUAAAAUUGAGCCUAAAAUAAUUGAUGCAUACGUCAAGUGUUUAAACUGUCCUAACAAAGUUAUUCAUCUCUCGUGUCAUAACGCUCUUCUUUAUUUCGCAUCAACGCUUAAUUUGACCAAGCCAGUAAUUUCAUGUUUAUCUAGAAAACUCGUUCAAGGCUCAGAGUACCUACUUCGUACUUAUCACGAGGUAAUACAAAUAUGGAUUCAACAACAAGAAGCUGUUAUUGAAAAACGAAGUUCUUACCUUAGCAGCAAGUCUAAUCUUACUUCGGACAACGAGAACGCGAGCUUGGGUAAACAGGAUUACGAUGAAACUCAAAGCUGGAUGAUCAUUGAAGAAAUUCAGUCGCUUGCUGUUUUACAUCUUUCAUCUCCCUCAGUCGAUAUUCGUCAAUUUGCAGUAGCUUUGCUUAAUGAUGUGAAAAAGCUAAACACAGAAUAUUUAGUAUUAUCAUCUGAUAACUAUACGACUGGAGAAGUCUAUUCUGAGCCUACUAUAGUGGAUGUACUGAAAGAUUGCGACUCUUCUAUAUUGAGCAUAGAGAGUCAUCUGCCUACUGCUGCUGAACGCUCUCGUUUGAGGAAAUUUAUUAACGAUGGAACGAAAGAUAUGUUGCUCAAACUUGCAACUUCAAACAGUGGAGUUGAUAUAUCAAUUUGGUAUAACGUUUUUCCUAAGUUUAUUAAAGUUUGUUUCGAACGGUUCCCAACUACAAUGGCAUUAUUGAGGAACACAGUAUGUGCAAAGCUUCCUAGUAUAACAUCAAAACUGCUUUCGAAAAUCGAUAUCUCAGACGUUAAUUUCAACUUGAAAAGUGCCGUGAACAAUAAUGAAUUUCCCGAAUAUCUUCUUGUUCAGUGGAAGUUGUAUUUAAUUGUUGCUUGUUGUACUAUUACUUAUACUUCCAAUUUAGACUUAUCGCAAACAAACUUGCGACGAGCUUUAACAGCUGUUCAGUCCGGGACUCAUUUACGGAGCUUACAAGAAACUACAAAGAUCACUUCUGCUGAAAGCCUUUUUAGCAUGAUACUUCCGUUAAUUUUCGUAGACUUUUCCCCUAUUCGUGAGGCCGUAGUGUUUGCUACAGGCUGUAUCAAUGUAAAUGCAUUUCCCCAACUCGUCAGAUCUCUGAAGCCUUAUAUUUCAUUUUUAAAGGAGGAAAAGCCAGAGUUUUUGCUUCGAAAUCUAAAUUUUAACUUCGGACGACGAAAUAAAUCUGAUAACUUAUUAAGGUCUGAAAUAGCACAUAUUUUUGCCUUAACAUCUCAUCUUCUGAUUCAUGAUUCAAUGAAAGAUGAGACUGAUACUUUAUUAAUUAUCUCUGAGUUUUUGAAGGAUCUAAAAAUUUACUUAACUUCUCACACUCAAGGUGAUGUUAGUUCAUUAAAGACUAAAUGCUAUUUUGCACAGCUUCUUGAGAAAAUUACAUUAUAUCAAAAUAUGAAUGACUCUUUCGAGAUAUUGCCACUAUCUGGUCGAGUUUCUUGUUGGAAACUUUUAGAUGAAUGGACCGGUUUUGGUCCAGCUAAACAAAUAAUGAAAAACAAUCAAGAUGAGAUUCGUCGUAAUAUCAUGGAAAGCCAAAAAGACAUGAGAGAACGCGAUCGUCUUCUUGCAUCGUUUGAAGUAGCUAAACAAAAUCUUGAAUAUUUAGCAAUUAAAGCUAUGAUAACUUUGAGCACUUCUAGGCUUCAUCAAGAACUAGGUGAAGCCAUAUUUUCUUUUGAUGUUGAGGUUUUACUCAAUUGGUAUACAGCCGUUUUUAACUCUCUUUCAAAAGUCAUAAUAAACCUUGCUAGAAAAGGUCUGUGUACCUUACUAAUAAAAAAUUGGGACAAUGAGUUACUACUCCAAAAAGUGAUAGAAAAAUGCUUUUUGCAAGGUAUCCCGCAACAAACAUGCGAUUAUUUCUUUCUGGCUCUUUCGGAAAUGCUUGUUCACACUGAAGUUGGACAUCUGAGUAUUCCAAAACUGUUACCACUCUGUUUAGUCAAACUUUCAGCAAACAAUAUAUCUGUUAGAUUGAAAGCUUUUGAGUUGCUAGGAAAAUUUCGGCUUAACAGUUUUACAUUGACAACCAUGAUGGAAAUGAAGAGCUUUUUGGAAUCCAGUAAUCCCGCUCUGUAUUUAAAGCCUCAAUAUUUAUUUUCGGUUCAACUUGCUAAUGAUUUUUCUGAGGCUUCUUUUGCUUUGACAUCUGAAUGCUUGAGGUAUUUUAAUUAUGGCGAUUUUCAUCGACGAGGAUUGGUUACCGUUUUACUUCCUUGGUUACAGAACCUGGAGCUCAAAAUGGAUGUUGGCAAUAAAACAUUUGAAUUUUAUACCGUCGCCAUGUUGAUGGGCUUAAUUGAAGUUACUACGAGGUACACUAAAGACUUACCUAACGAGAUUGAAGCGCUUUGGACGUCUUUAGCUUUGUCAGGACAUAAGAAAAAUUGGACUGUGAUAUUAUUUUUCUUGAUGCAACAAUGUUUUAAUCGAAAAACAUUCGCAUUUGUAGAGUGCACACGGCAAAUCACAAUUUACCUUGCAAAAACCGAAAUACUUCCGGGCUUAUAUGCUACUUUAUUAUCCUUUAUAUCUUCCACGAAUGCAUCCAACGAAAAUCAGGAGGUAUUUUCUUACGAUGUUGAAAAUUCAAAUCAUAUGUACAUUGCGGAUCUAGAUAGUCUUUUUCCACCGGAGAAGGAUUCAAUAUUUUAUUCACCAUGCCAGUUGUCUUUAUUAUUGCUGAUGGAUAUAGUCCCUAAUCCGUCUAUUAGAAUCGGGGCUAAUGAGAUAGCUACAAUUCUUCAAGCAGCGUUCAUACAACUGGAUCAUUAUUCUAAAAUAGUUCGGAAGCAAUGCCGUCAAAUUAUUCAUUAUAUUGUUGAAAAAGUACAAGCAAUGGAAGGAAGGUUAUAUUCUGAUGAUAAUUACUUUAGUCUGUUGGAUUCUGAAGAUAUAUUUUCUGUUAAGGCAAAAAAUGAUAGUUUGGAAAACUUCAAGACUACUCGUUAUGAUCAUUUAAUUGCCAAAACUAAUGAGGUAUUAUCUAAUACGUAUCCUGACUUAAUACAGAUAUGGGGAAAGAUAGCCUUAAACUGGGCUACAACUUGCCCAUCAAGACGACUGGCUUGUAAUUCUUUUCAGAUUUUCCGUUGUAUACUACCUAAGUUCGAUACCAACAUUCAGCUGAACUUAGUAGCCAGAUUAGUUGGGACGAUCUCAGACGAAGAAAAGUAUUUGUACGAUUAUUCUAUUGAAAUUCUUGCCACUGUUAAUGCAUAUGUGACUACUAUGGAUCCUGCUGAUUUGAUGUUUUAUCCUCAAUUAUUUUGGACUUCUGUAGCAUGUCUCACUACUGUUCACGAAGAAGAAUAUCUAUAUGCGGUCAAAAUUGCAUUUAAUUUUCUAAAAAGAACAGAAGAUCUCCCCGAAUGCCUUCAACAAUUGAUAGAUUCUUUUCCAAAAUCAUGGUAUGGGAAGUUUGAUGGCCUUCAAUUGCUAGUAUUACGAGGCUUUCGGUCAACAAAAUCGUUUAACAUGUCAAUGCAACUGUUUAUGCUACUAAUGGAUUACAGCGAUAAUCACAUAGUCGGAAACGGUUAUUUCCGACAUUUAGCUUGUUUGUUAGUUUCAUUACCUGCAAUGCUUUCAACAUACGAAACGUCCGAAAAGCUACCCUUUGAUUUGGAUGAAUUCUGUGGUAAAUUAACCAAUUUGGCAUCCAUGUACGAGAAUCUCGAACUAAUUGAAUUGAUUAAAACGUAUAUGAAAAGACAAUUUAGGAGUUCGGAUGACUUUUUGAAAUGUGCUGUCUCAUAUAUAACCUCAAACUUUUUUGAAGAGUUUGCUUUGGAAAUCAUAACAGUUCUUUCGAUGUUUUUGUCAAAUAAUUUGCCAUGGAUUCGAAAAUCUACAUUGAGGAUUUUGGAUAACGUACUACCAAAGCUGCAUUUUGACAACAAAGCAUAUAGUGGUCUUGGAUUAAACUUAAUCUCUCCUUUGCUCAGAUUAUUAUCUACUGAUUAUGUGAUGGAUGCAUUAAAGCUCUUAACCAUGCCAUUAUCAAUUUCAGGGCCUUCUGAUGUACAGACAUUCAAGCUACUAAUGAUUGACCCCAAAACCAAAAAUUCCGAUGCUAGAUUUGCGCAUUUUUUUGAAAUUCCUGACGAAACUGGCUGGUCUGAACCUAACUCUGAGUAUGCAACAACAUUGACCAAGAAGAACGUACAUGCCAUUUUCUAUAUGUGCCCUGAAACAGGUACUUCUUUAAAGACUCCUGAAAUCCAAUUUCAUGCUGAAGAGGUAUCAAACUAUCCUCGACAUAUUCCUACGAAUAGCCAUGGGUCUUCAGGAGAAAAUUCUUUAGGUGAGCUUGUAACUACCUUACACAGCCUUGAUGCUUUCUUUGCAGAAGAUAAAGACGAGCAUUUGCCUGAGUCGAGUGAUUUGUCAGAUCAUAGCACAGUAGUCUACAACGAUACUUCUGACGACUGUGACGAUCACAUAGUCUCUAUACUUUCAGGAAAUUUAAAACGAGAGAAAGAAGGCUUCGUUCCUUACGAAUCUAGUGCAUUUGGGAAUUACAUAGCCCCUGAAGAGAAUGACGGUUCGAUAGACUCGUCUUCUGAUGCUCCUCUUCGUUCACAUAAGGCAUCUCUUAUGUCAAAAUUAAGGCCUCUAUAUUUUUCUGAUGGUGAACCAAACUCUUCAAUUUUAAACCAUUUGAAUAACUCUUCAGAAAUUUGUUCGUCAUUAAAAGAGCUGCGACAGUCUGCCAAUCAUGAGGGUUUUGCUGGCUGGAAUCUGGAAGACUCGGAAGCUGCAUAUUCAAGAUAUCCUUCAAAUGAGCUACCGUUACACGAAAAUUAUUAUCAUUUGCGGACUAUGUUCCACGCGAGUGAAAGCAACAACUCUUUUAAUCAUUCUUUCGUUUAAGAAAUGUGAGACGUUAGAAAGAAAAGUCAGAAGGUUAUUUAUGUAUUUCUUAUUACUUUUUUUUUUGCUAUGGAUUUUUGCGAAGUUCGCAGAUACUAUAAUUAUUAUUUUCGGAAUUUAAGUAUCGUGCGUACUUUGCCCGCUUUAUUUAUUUAAAUUUAGUUUACUUGUUUAUGGGCAUUAUUUAGUUUUAUGUCUUAUGGCUGGCGGCAUGUCAAAAAAACUUUAUAUGCCAGUGUUAUAUGUCUUUAAAGUCAUAUAAUAAAGGCUUUCAUUGUUUCAAUUCGUUUCCUUUUUACAUAGCAUAAACUCAAUUAUGAUUGACGAUUGAUAGAAUAGUGUUGGAUAUUUUCUAAUCGAGGGUAUCAUAAUAUCACUAACUUAACUCAGUGAA